CUCAGUCAGCCCAAAAGGUCAAAAAAACGCCACACCAACUUGACACUGGAUAAAAUGAUGGAAAAAUUCCUGCAGCAGAGCAUGGAUACGGACGAGAAGUUCUACAGGUUCGAAGAGCAGAGGCUCAAAAUCGAGGACAAGCGUCGGGAGGCUGAGCACGCUCGGGAGCUCCAGAUGUUACAGAUGUUGGGACAGAUGUUGACAGGAAUCUCUUCCUCAGUGUCGCAGAGGUCGCAGUCGAUACCAGCGAGUCCUCCUCGGCGAGCAAACCACCGCUCGUACGCGGAUAACUUUAAUUACAGUGCUAUGACAGCAGCACUUUCUCCACCCAUAGUUAUAGAGAGGUCGUUUUCACUGCACAGAACACACUCUUUAAAGGACAUGGAGAAUAUUUUCCAGCUGGUGCGCAAUGUCAUCCCUCCUCUCACAGGGAAAAAGCAUAAAGGUCAAGAUGGGCGAAUAGGCAUCGUCGGAGGAUGCCGAGA